CUAAUCUUACCAUGUCUACUGAAAACAAGAUUGCUAGUGAAGAUAUUUUGGCACAAAAGUGGGAUCGUGCUAUCUCCAACUUUGUUGUUAAGACAGGUCUUGGUCUAAGUGCAGGUAUUGUUGCAUCUGCUUUAUUGUUCAAGAAGCGUAGCUGGCCUAUUGCUAUUGCUACUGGUUGGGGUUUUGGUGUUGCUUAUGCUGAUGCUCAACGUAUUUUCCAUCCUUCCAAUGUUCCCGGUGCUAAAUUUGAAAAACAAAAGCCUACUGCUCAAUAAUAUGAUAACAACAUGCAUGAUGAUUCCAUAUUUUUUUUUUAGAGAAAAUGUCAAUAAUAAUAAUAAUAAAAAAACAAAUCGCGACUGCAUUAUUUUGAUACGCGUUUAA